CCUCCCGGCAGCCACCGCGCGGCGCGUGCCCACGAUGGCGGCGGCCGGGGGCUCCGCGCCGGGCCCCGCGCCGGGCCGCACCGUGCUGGUGCGGGGGCUGCCCGCCACCGCCACCGCUGCCGACCUCGAGGGUCUCUUCGGCCGCCUCGGGCCUCUCCGCCGCUGCUUCGUGGUCACCGAGAAGGGCACCAAGACCUGUCGUGGCUUUGGCUACGUCACCUACUCCUUGGCUGAGGAUGCCCAGCGAGCUCUGCAGGAGGCCACUGUCCUUGGUGCACGUCGGCUCAGCGUGACGCUGGCCCGGCAGAGGCUCAGGGAGGGGAGGAAGAAGCUACAGCAGAAGGAGGAAGCAGCAGUGGAGGCCCCCAAAGCCACUGCCGCAGUCCCCCAAAGACUGAAGAAGCCCAGGGCUGCCUCCAGGAAAGCCCGGCUGAUCAUCCGCAACCUCAGCUUCAAGUGCUCUGAGGACAACCUGAAGUCUCUCUUCUCACCCUUUGGCACAGUACUGGAGGUGAACAUCCCCAGGAAGCCAGAUGGAAAGAUGCGGGGAUUCGCCUUUGUGCAGUUUGGGAACAUGCUGGAAGCAGCCAAGGCACUCCGGGGGAUGAACAUGAAGGAGAUCAAAGGGCGGCCGGUGGCGGUAGACUGGGCUGUGGCCAAGGACAAGUACCAGGCGAUGCAGGGCAGUCAGCCCAAUGAGAGCAAGGAGGAGGAACCUAGGGAGGGCAAAGAGCAGAGUGUGGGUGAUGCUGAGAAGCAGGAGGAAGAACAAGAAGAGGAGGAAGAACAGGAGGAAGGGGAAGAAGAGGAGGAGGAGGAGGAAGAAGAAGAGAAGAAAGAUAAAAAAAUGGCUGGAAAGAUUAAGAUCAAGCCUUCCUUGUCCCAGGCACGAGGGUGGCCUGGGAAGGGGACAGCAGCCAAGGACAGCAGCGAUGAGGAGGAGGAUGAUGAUGAUGAUGAUGAAGCAGGCAGCGAGGAUGAUAGCAAGCAGGAGGAAGACUCAGAUGAGGAGGAGGAUGAAGAAGAGGAGGAAGGGAGAGCUGUGCCCAAGAAGCAGCAGGGUAGGGCACGGCAACUCUCAUCGGACGUGAGCGAGGGCAAGACUGUCUUCAUCAGGAAUCUCUCCUUCGAUACGGAGGAGGAGGCGCUGGGGGAGAUGCUGCAGCAGUUUGGGGACCUCAAAUACGUCCGUAUCGUACUGCACCCUGACACAGAGCACUCCAAAGGCUGUGCCUUUGCCCAGUUCCUGACACAAGAAGCUGCCCAGAAAUGUCUGCAGGCUGCUCAGGAGGAGAGUGAGGGCGGGGGACUGCGGCUGGAUGGGCGGCUGCUCCGCAUUGACCUGGCUGUGAGCCGUGAGGAAGCCCAGAAACUCCGUGGGCAAAAGGUGAAGAAGCCAACGGGCACCCGAAACCUCUACCUGGCCCGCGAAGGCUUGAUCCGGGCUGGGACAAAGGCUGCAGAGGGUGUGAGUGAUGCUGACAUGGCCAAGCGAGCACGGUUCGAGGAGCUCAAGUACCAGAAACUGCGGGACCAGAACAUCUUCGUGUCCCGCACGCGGCUCUGUGUCCACAACCUGCCCAAGGCUGUGGACAGCACCCGACUCCGGCGCCUGCUGCUGCAGGUGGUUGGCAGGGGCAAGGCUGUGCACAUCAAGGAGUGCCGGGUGAUGCGGGAGCUGCGGGGCAAGGGGCAGUCCCUGGGCUACGCCUUCGUGGAAUUUGGGGAGCACGAGCAGGCACUGGCCGCCCUGCGGAGCAUCAACAACAACCCCCGCCUCUUCGGGCCCCAAAAGCGGCCCAUUGUGGAGUUCUCGCUGGAGGAUCGUCGGAAGCUGAAGCUGAAGGAGCAGCGAGCCCAGCGCAGCCUGCUCAAGCUGAAAGCAAAGCCAGUGGAGAAGGAACAGGCUGCUGCCAGGGUAGCUGAGCCAGCGGGACCCCCUAAAAAGCAACAGGGAAGGAAAAAAUCCCUCUCCAAAGGAGCCAAGGGUUCCUGCGGAUCCCUGGUGGGGGGACAGGAGGCUGUACCCUGGUCCGGCUUCCGCACAGAGGCGCAGGUGGAGCGGGUGGAGCUGCCAGAUGGCACCACAAGGAAGAAGGUGCUGGCGCUGCCCUCACACCGCGGGCCCAAAAUCAGGAAGCGUGACAAGGGGAAGGUGAAACCCCUCCCCACAAAGCAGCCCAAGGCCAAAGUCCAGCGGCAGAAGAAGCGCAGGGAGGCCCCUACCCAGGCAAAGCAGCGGCGGCGGGAGGGUGGGGGCUCCGAGGCCCGGUUCAGCGAGCUGGUGGAGCGAUACAAGAGGAAGAUCCUGGGCAGUGAUGCCCCCACACCCAAGAGGAGCAAGUGGUUUGAGAGCUGAGACCCCUGGCACCCUGGCCUGACAUGGGUGCUGCUCUGUGGUUGGGUGGGUGUGUGUGUCAUUGGUGUCACAUCCCAUCGUGGGGUCAGGGUGCUGUCCCAUUGGGAAACCUGCUGGGGUGAAAGGACCAAGCCCUUGUCCCCUCCCUGGGUUUUGGAGGUGCCCCCAUUGUCAUCCCCCUGGGUUUUUGGGGGUGCCCCCAUCCCUCCCCCUCCUCUCCCAGGGGGGUUCAUGUGGUUUGGGACCCUCUGGGGCAGGGCUGGAGGGAGGGGCCGUUGUUCCCCUCCCAGCACCCCCUACCUUGUCAGCGACAGGGUGUUGUAAAAAUCUAUAAAUAUAUUUUAAUAAAGAGCUUUUUGGAGGAAGAA